GAUUCCGUCGAGCACUCACAGUGUUUCGUUGACCAUCGUCGCGUUCCGUUUCGCUGUGCUUUCCGCCAGCGUGUACUCAAGUCAGUCACAGGGGUUAGGCCCGUGCGCGUAGAGAAGAUGUACGUGGGUCUUUUGCUCAGGGCGUCGAGGCCAAAGGCCCUCGUGGGUCUGAACUCUACUCAGAGAUUUGCUUCCUCGUCAAUGGGCUUGUGGCUGCCUCAUCUACAGCCAGGCAACCAAAUGGACUUGAGGCGAACGCUGCAGACCUCGGACCGACCCCGGAGGACGACCUUCACGGAACGGAAUCAGCUGAAGUACGCUCGUCGAUUGGUGGUCAAACUGGGAAGUGCGGUAAUUACCAGAGAGGACGAGCACGGAUUAGCCCUGGGACGUUUGGCUUCCAUAGUAGAGCAAGUAGCGGAGUGUCAGAACGAGGGACGCGAAUGCAUCAUGGUGACCAGCGGGGCUGUAGCUUUUGGAAAACAGAAGCUCACUCAGGAACUGCUGAUGUCUCUGUCCAUGCGGGAGACUUUGAGCCCCACUGAUCAUACUCGGGAACACGCAGGCACUCUUUUAGAACCGAGAGCAGCAGCAGCAGUCGGUCAAUCCGGCCUGAUGUCCCUGUACGACGCCAUGUUUGCUCAGUACGGUGUGAAGUUGGCACAGGUUCUGGUGACUAAGCCGGAUUUCUACAAUGAGGAAACCCGCAAGAACAUUUUCAGCACCCUAAGCGAACUGAUCAGUCUGAAUAUCGUUCCCAUCAUCAAUACAAAUGACGCCGUGUCGCCGCCUCCUCAAGCCGACGAGGAGGUCUCGGGCGGCGGCGGCCGAAGGGGAAUCUCGAUAAAGGACAAUGACUCACUCGCCGCGAUGCUGGCAGCCGAAAUCCAGGCAGACCUGCUCAUCCUCAUGAGUGACGUCGAUGGAAUUUACAACCUGCCUCCUUGGCAAGAUGGUGCCAAGAUGCUUCAUACCUUCAGUUCUGAUCUCAGGGGUACCAUAAAGUUUGGGGAGAAAUCGAAAGUCGGUACGGGGGGUAUGAACUCCAAGGUGAACGCGGCACUCUGGGCACUGGACAGGGGAGUCUCCGUAGUAAUUUGCAACGGAAUGCAGGAAAAGGCUAUCAAGAGCAUCAUGAGUGGCAGGAAGAUCGGUACUUUCUUCACGGAGACAACGAGCACUUCGGCGCCCGUCGAGGUGGUCGCCGAGAAUGCUCGUAUCGGUAGCAGAGUAUUGCAGUCCCUUCGACCGGAAGAGCGGGCCAGCUGCAUCAAUACUUUGGCCGACUUACUGGUAUCCAAGCAGGCUGAAAUCCUCGACGCUAAUAACAAAGAUCUCGAGGCAGCACGGCAAUCCGGUCUCGCCAAAGCCCUCCUCUCGCGUUUGUCCUUAACGCCCUCCAAACUGAAGUCACUGAGUUUGGGUCUUCGACAAAUCGCCGAUUCCUCAUUGACAAACGUCGGCCGAGUCCUGAGGAGAACGCAGCUGGCUGAAGGUCUCGAGCUAAAGCAGAUCACAGUGCCCAUUGGAGUUCUUCUGGUUAUUUUCGAAUCCCGACCUGACAGCCUUCCUCAGGUAGCUGCCUUGGCGAUUUCCAGUGCGAAUGGACUUUUACUUAAAGGUGGAAAGGAAGCUACGCACAGUAACAAGUGCCUCAUAGACCUGGUCAAGGAAGCCCUGAGCUCCGUAGGAGCAGCCAAUGCCAUUUCCCUGGUGUCCACGAGGGAGGAGAUCGGUGAUUUAUUAUCCAUGGAGAAGCACAUCGAUCUCAUCAUUCCCAGAGGUAGUUCCGAUCUGGUUCGCACGAUCCAAGAACAGUCCAAGCACAUUCCCGUCCUCGGACACGCUGAAGGAAUCUGCCACCUCUACGUGGACAAGGAUGCGGACUUGGAGAAGGCACUGAAGAUAAUCAGAGACUCCAAGUGCGACUACCCGGCUGCCUGCAACGCCAUGGAGACACUCCUGAUCCACGAGAGUCACAUGAACGGCACGUUCUUUGCUGAGGUCUGCAACAUGCUCCAGAAAGAGGGCGUGAAGAUCAACUCAGGACCAAAGCUACGGGAGAAGUUAACCUUCGGUCCGCCUGCAGCAAAGAGCAUGAAGAUCGAGUACGGAGCACUGGAGUGCACUAUUGAGGUCGUGUCCGACCUCGACGACGCGAUAAAUCACAUUCACAAGUACGGGAGCAGUCACACUGACGUCAUCAUAACUGAGGACAAAAGAAGCGCGGCCCAUUUCCAGUGCGAAGUCGACAGUGCUUGUGUCUUCCACAAUGCCAGUAGUCGAUUCGCCGAUGGUUAUAGAUUCGGACUCGGUGCCGAGGUUGGCAUUUCCACGGCACGCAUCCAUGCACGAGGUCCCGUAGGAGUCGAUGGUCUACUAACCACAAAAUGGAUUCUGCAAGGGGAUGGACACACCGCAGCUGAUUUCGCCGAGGGUGGCAACAGGACGUGGAUUCACGAGCCCCUGCCAAUUAACGAAGCAGCAUGAAUUACCGACGAAUACGUUCGACAAAGUUUCCGGUAUCCUGGUCAUGAUAGUGAGACUGUAAUUAGACGCCACUCUAUCCUGACUAAAGUUACCCGUUGGGUUAGAUUAUUCGUCAAGUUUACCCUACCGCGUCUCCGUGGCUCGGAUAAGUCUCCGAAGAAUACAACAUCUCAAGGCAGAUAACAGUCCAAUUAUUUUGUCUAGGGAUUUCUGGAUAUUCGUUGUCCGGUAUUUGGAACUCUGUAAACGUCAACUUGUCGUUGCUGUAAGCGCAGCAUCGGAUCGGAAUUAUAGACGAGAGCGUUAAUUAUAGAAUUCCCAGUGGGAACACCAGCGCAUUCUAUACACUAUGCAAGAGAAAAAGUAACGCAACGGCAGAUGCUGCACUUGCUGCUACCGCAAGAUAGUUUUCUUGGUAGGCAAACUACAAAAUUAAAAGUUUCAAUGCUUCGGGCAAUAUUCGUAGUCUGACCCUCCGGAAACGAGUCCAGAGUACGCGUUCUUGUAUAUGUUAAGGACCUCGCUAUAAUGUACGUCACUAAACAAGUACCAAAACCCAAAAGAAUAGGGAGGCAACACCACUCGGCACUUGCCGAUUCUCGCGCAUCGAUAUUAAAUUUGUAUAAUUUGUGUAAUUUGCAUAAUUUGUAUUUAAAUUUGUAUAGUUUAUUAUUUUGUAUAUAUAGGAAGCUUUUAACGUGUCUUUUAUAUUUGUACGAAUUAUCCAUGGCGGGAGAGUUUUCGUAUGAUAGGACAAUUUGGUGGCUGCCACUAACGAUAAAGAAAAGCUUCCCUGAUCCAAUUGGUAAACAGUGAUUAAGACUUUUCAAAACGAUUAAGGGCUCCGAUAUCAGUUAAUGAUUUCUUGUAUAGACAUACUCUGUGUACAUAAAGAACAUUUUAUGAGUCAGUAUACGAAAUAUGAACUUCAAAAAAUAACUGCCGAACGGGAGAUCAACUCCUGAGAACCUGCGAAUUGGCAUUAAUAACGGCCACGAAUAGUAGCGUCGUUUACGGCGCCCAUUCCGUCGGCUCGUCAAAUAUUUUACUUCGGGAUUCUAACAAGACUUUUGGAAUUUACUACUUGCAGUAAACUCUUCGCUUGGCAGGAAUUCUGCUCCUACCCUUUAACAAAUUCAAAUAAAUUAUGCGCAUUCAUGUUGCAGCUAAAAGUUUACCAUUGGGAAACUUGGAAGAAGACGCGACAGUUUAGAGCGUAGCAUUCGAAUAUCAUGGACCAAACUAGAGGAAUUUAAACUCGAGAUUUCAUUUUGAACUUUCUAACGUUACUCGAUAAUUUCUUAUUCUGCGAGCAAAAGGUCUGUUGGUAAUUGGGCUCGGAUGCCCUCGGUGUCAUCACUUGCUGAAGCGACUCGUAUCUUAGAAGUAAACAGCGACAAUAAAUAGCUUUAUCGAGGAUGAUGAUAAAUAAGAUAUACGAGGCAUCGCUUAUGCUUGAAGUAUUCAUGAUGGUUGGAACAACGUCCAAUCGUGGCUCCAUUAUGAAACGCUGUAUUUACUUAUGGUUGGACACACUCAAAUAUGCGCAACGAGGGUCACGAUAACUUUUUUUAUGUUAACCAUAUCUUUACUUCUGUGAUAAUUCAUGGAAGAUUCAGCAUUAUUUUUAAAUUAACGGUUUUCACGUUUAUAUUGUUUUUAUGCUAGACUUUGGUAUAUAAAAAACUUGAUCGAUCUUGCUAUUGCCCACAAUCAGUUCAAAGCGUAUUGAAAAAUAAAAUGUGAUUGAUAACAGAAUAAGUCAGUCCGUUAGAAUUUAUUAAGAGAGCUUACCGCAUUUUAAAGAUUAUCUACGUGUAAAUGAUGCUACAUAAAAUUUUUCUUAUCGCAUCAGCAAUAAAUAACAUUUAAUUUUU